AUGCCUUCCGCACCGAAACCUUUCAAAUCCAGUCUUACCGAUGUGAGUUGUUCGAUUUCUCAAAUAGUUUUAUACACCUUUCGAGUGGUCCUAUCACACUUUGAGUGUUGUUGCUCUGAACGCCGCGUCCAUAGUUUGAGAAAUCUUUGCAAUCUGCUGGAUUCCAUCAUGAAACUUUUACACAAGUCAAAACCAUUUUCAUUUUCAGGCCCAGUGGUUUCGACUUCGCGCGACUAUCAACAGACAUAACCCGAAUGGAAUAAUGGCGCCACUGCGUAACGUCAAUCACGUCCGUCGCGAUCUUUACGAGAAAGCGGUUCGCGCCUGGGAUCGUGCAGUCGAGGAAGAUGAGCGUCGAUGGAAGGAGUAUCAGGAGGCGCUCAACCCGGUAACCAUAAUACAUUCGUUUAGGAGCACUCAAAGUAUUCAUUCCCAUUCUUACUCAUUCUCUGUAAGACUCAAGUAAUACAUAGGAAAGGAUUUCUAUGUGAGCAUGUAGUAUAGGUUUGAGUAGCGAUAUGCAGUCUUACAAAGGACAGGUUAUAUAACAGAAUUUUCAGCCUCUUCGUCGCUCGACCCGUCCGUCCAUCCCUCCAAUCCGAUUCCAAGCUGGAUCGUCACAGUAA